GAGAUUUCCCGCUCGGACUGCGUGAAGCGCUUUCCCCCAAGAUGGCGGCUGCCAGCUAAGCGAGGGAAGCGGAGAGAUCUUCCGAAGGAAAGGCAAAUGGCGGCCGCGGAAGGCGGGGGAGGUCCCGCCGAGGCGUCCGCUAUGGAGACCGACACCGCAGACGACAUUUUGCCCGGGUUUCGAGACGCCGAUGCCUUCGUCAAGCAUGCCCUGGGCACUGUGGUGUCCGCCACCAAGGCUUCCAAUGGCCUCCCGCAGCCUGGAGACGAGUACGACUUCUACCGCAGCUUUCCCAGCUUCCAGGUCUACUGUGAAACUCAAGGAGACAGGCUGCUCCAAUGCAUGAGCAAAGUGAUGCGGUACCAUGGCUGCCGCAGCCACCUCCAAGACCGCAGCAAGGUGACGGAGCUAGAGGACAAAUUUGAUCUGCUGGUCGACGCCAAUGAUGCCAUCCUGGAAAGAGUGGGCAUGCUACUGGAUGAAGCAGCCGGUGUGAACAAGAACCAGCAGCCUAUCCUCCCCUCAGGCUUGCAGCCUCCCAAGACCAUCAUUUCCAGCUGGAACUCCAAGACCAGUGAAGCCAGCAGGCGGACGAGACCAGAAACUUUCCGCUUGCUCCAUGCGCGGAACAUUGUCCGUCCGCAGCUCAAAUUUCGUGAGAAGGUGGACAACUCCAACACCCCCUUCGUCCCCAAGCUCUUUGUCAAACCUAAUGCUCUCAAGCCACUGCCAGAAGUACUGUCAAAAAGCAGGCGAGAACGAAAGGAGCGACCGGAGGACCUGGAUGUGCCAGCUGCCUUGGCCGACUUCCUUCACCAACAGAGGACUCAGCAGACGGAGCAGGAAAUGUUUGCUCACCCAUACCAGUAUGAACUGGAGCAUUUUUCACCACCGGAGGAGUUUCUAGAAAAACCACAAGUCCAGAUGUUCAGACCUCUUGCAGAAACGCCCCGCCACUUCGUCUCCACCUUGGACGAGUUGGUGGAGUUGAAUGAGAAACUUAGGACCUGUAAGGAGUUUGCGUUGGAUUUGGAGCACCAUUCCUACCGGAGUUUUCUGGGUCUGACGUGCCUCAUGCAGAUUUCCACCCGAACGGAAGACUUUAUCAUCGACGCCUUGGAGCUGCGCAGCGAACUGUAUAUCUUGAAUGAGACCUUUACUGACCCUGCAGUUGUCAAGGUCCUGCAUGGUGCCGAUUCGGACGUGGAAUGGCUGCAGAGAGACUUCGGCCUCUACUUGGUGAACGUCUUUGACACCCACCAAGCGGCUCGGCUGCUCAGCCUCGGCCGGCAUUCCCUGGAGCAUCUGCUCAAGCUGUAUUGUGAUGUGGCUGCCAACAAGCAAUACCAGCUGGCUGACUGGCGCAUACGCCCCCUCCCAGAGGAAAUGAUCAACUAUGCCCGCGAUGACACCCACUACCUUCUCUACAUCUAUGACCGAGUAAGAGAGGAGCUGUGGCAGAGAGGCAACGAACAACCGGCUCAGCUCCAGGUUGUGUGGCAGCGGAGCAAAGACAUCUGCCUAAAGAAAUACAUCAAGCCCAUCUUCACCGAAAACUCCUACAUGGAGCUCUACCGGAAGCAGAAGAAGCACCUCAACACCCAACAGCUGACGGCCUUCAAGCUGCUCUUUGCCUGGAGGGACAAGAUGGCGCGCCAAGAGGAUGAGAGCCCAGGGUAUGUGCUCCCAAACCACAUGCUGCAAAAGAUAGCUGAGGAACUUCCCAAGGAGCCACAAGGAAUCAUUGCCUGCUGCAACCCAGUCCCGCCUCUCGUCCGGCAGCAGAUCAACGAAAUGCAUCUCCUCAUCCAUCAGGCCAGAGAGAUGCCUCUGUUGAAGUCCGAAGUUGCCGUUGGCACGAAAAGGAAAGGACCCCUACAACGUGCGGAGAAGCCAGAGAAUCAGCUGUUUGGACCCCAUGACAGCUCCCACAUUCCUCAGGAUGAGAAGAUGACCCACUCGGAUCUAGCGCCUGGACCAACCCUGGAGCAUGCCAGACUCUUUUCGGAGACAGAGGAGGCGGAUGAAUUGCCCCAAUCGACUUGCCUCCUUUGGAAAGCCACCAUCAGUAUUUUUAAUGAACCUGAUAGGAGCGAUGUGGAGGAUGAAACCUUAACAGCCGCGCAGCGGAAAGCCCGGCGUAUCAUGGAGUCUUUCGAAAACCCAUUCCGAAUGUAUUUGCCACAAGAACAGAACGCUGCUCACAUCUCCCAGUCGGCCAAAUCGGACCCGUCGUCGAAAAUCUAUGAAAUCAGUAACCGGUGGAAGCUUCUAAGCCAGGCACAGCUUCAGGCGGCGGCAAAGAAGAAAGCAUCCACAAAGAAGAAGCUUCAGCAGACAGCCCCAGUGGCUGCAGCAUCUCGCGCGGCUGCUGAGAAGGAAAUCAAAGAGGAAGCUGCGGACGCCGUCUCCGUACGAGAGAUGGUCGCGCUGGAACAAGUCGGGCAAAAGAGGGAGAGAGAAGGAAGCAAUCCUGGGACAGAGAUGCCCAAGCAAGAGAAGAAAAAGGCCAAAGUCUCCCAGCAGCCAGAGAAGGAGGAAGAGAAAGAGGACCCAAAGCCCUUCACGCCCUUCGACUACAGCAACGCCAACCUCCAAGUGUUUGCAGGGAAAGGCAAAAACAAGUCAUCCUCGCAGUUCAAUCCUGCCAAGCAGGUCCACGCCGGCAAGAAGGGAGCCAGCAAAGUCCAUCAGCCGGACGGAACAAGAAGCAUGUCUUAUACCACUGGGAAGUCCAACAGGGGUUUCCGGCACAACUGGCCGAAAAGAUAAUCCCACUCAAGGAACGGAGGAACCACGAAAUCGAGGAUCCGAACAGUUGGCGUCUUUUGAGGGAGGGGAAACGCCAUUCAGUGCUGCGACUUUUUGUACGGAGACCUGUUUGUUUGGAGUGUUUUGGAUUGUUUUUUUUAAUGGAUUAAAUUGCUUUUCUUCCCUCUCCCCUAAAAUCGGAGAUGUUAACGUUUUCUUCCCACAACCAGCACCUUCCCAAAAAGGCACAGCUUCCGUUACUUUCCCUUAUCGUGCUUUUUGCCCUUUGAGGAGUAGAGGGUGCCUUGGGACACAGAGAGGAGGAGUAAAAUGCUCCAGGAAGCAGCCUUCGCUGCAUCUUCAACAGUUAGUUGAAUGUAAAGUAUUUGAAGUAAGCGGAUGAAAAAGGAGGAAGGUGGGAGGAGGAGAGAGAAACUGGGACCUUUUAAAAGCAGCUGGAAAAGUGGGAAUGCAAAGGAUUCAUUGUAACUGUCCUUGCCAAACUUAGAUGUUGGAGAGCAUGUUUUAGUUUGGAGCGCUUGCUGCUACUCACUGAGCAUUUCCAUCUUUUAGGAUUUGAAAGGGAACGCCAUAGAACAGCUGAGGAAGACAUGGCCACCUUGGAAAUCCCAGGAGGGCCGGUUUUGGCCUUUAGGGCCUAGGGUUCCCAGGUUAGGAUCGUCCCAAAUCCUGAGAUUUGCAGGCCGAAACUUGAAACCUAGCGGCAACAUCCCCGGUGACAUAAUUGAGCAUUAUGUAUCAAGUUGCUCACGGCUUGUCGUUCGAACGUAACCCCACACAGAAAACCUAUUUUCCCGGUUGGAAAUAAAGUCUUUUUGGCAAAA